AUGGACAACCCCCAAUAUUAUCAACCUCUCUCGCACGCCCUGAACGCCUCCUUCGUCUCUCAGUCUCACCCGUCUCCCCGCCAGCACUACUCGCACUACGCCCCUCACCCCCAUGCUCCCGUGACGAAUGGCGCCGGCUCUGGUCACCGCGAAGAGGAGGAGGAGGAAGACGACGACGACGAGGCCGCAGAGGGCGAGCUCGACCACCACGAGCUUGAGCACCCCCACCACUCCGCGAGCAGCCAUUCCUCUCCCCGCGUCCACGCUGCUCAUCCCCAGUCGAGCUCCUCUGGCUCAACCGCGGCUCCAGCCUCUACAGACUACAGACAGCCCGCAGCCCCGCAAGACCAGAACUCCGCUGCAACCGCCGAGGAUGGUUCUGAGAAGCGCAAGCCCGGUCGCCCCCGAGGCUCUCGCAAUCGCAAACCCCGAGUGUCUUCUGGAAGUACAUCCAAAGCUCCAGCAAAUACCCAACACCCGGGUUUCUACCAAUACCCUCCAGCCCCAGGGGCGAAUAUGUCCCAGCAAAACCAGCAGUUUUACGAAUUCCAAUGGCGCGCACUAAACUUGUGCUCCGAGUUCUAUAACGCCGCGGAAGAGCUGGUUAAAGCCGCCUCCCCUAUGGUUAUUGCGCAAUGCUACCAGAUGGGUCCGGCAACGAAAAUUGACCCGCUCAUGCUCAUCGCGGAAGCAAAACGCGUGUGCGACAACCUUCUCGCAAAUCCCAGUCAACUUGUCGGCCAGCCCGUCCCCACAACAACGUAUCCUCCAUAUGCUGCCAUGCCUCCCCCACCCCCGCCCGGUGCACCGACAGGUGCUACGCCGGCGCCUGGGUCAGUUAUUACCAACCCUCAGACGUUUGUGAUGCCCUUGAACGCGACGCCCAUGGCCCCGCCUGCCCAGCCCUACUACCCGCCAAUCUAUGCCCCGCCUGCUGGUGCUCGAUACCCAACUACGCCGUACUACUACCCGCCGCCACAGGGCGCAACACCAUACUACGCCGCCGCGCCGCCCCCACCCGCUGCAAGUCCCCCGGCAUCUAACUCCCCUCCAGCUCCUGCAGCGGCCCCGGCCCCUGCACCCCCUCAACAUACACCGACACCGACGCCAUCACAGCCCGUCCCACAACCCGCACCCGCGCCCGCGCCGGCUCCGCCCAUCCCGUCAAAUGCGGCAACUAUCUCCACUUUCAGCGCGGCGACGGGCAACACAGCACCAGGAGGUCACCAGGGUACAUGGUCUGAAGAAGAGACCGACCGACUGAAGAGGCUCGCCGAACAGAGCAAGGAGAUGGGUAAUGCCCCAAACAAGGGAGAAAUAGAGUGGGAUUGGGUUAUCCACCAGUGGGGAAACAGCAGGACGCGGCAUCAAAUCCUCUUGAAGGCGACGUCAUUGGGGCUGAAAGAGAGCACAACCCGUGGCACUAAGAGACGUCGUCACGAAGAGCCUACCCCUCAACCUCAACCUCAGCCCGAACCCGCACAUCCUCCCCCGCCCCCGCCUCAGGUGCACCACCAACCCGUGCAACAAAACGCAAUCGCCAACAUGGUCUCUCCCACACGCAGUCCGAUGACCGCCCACACGACCCCGGUCAGCAAUGCGUCGCCUGCUAUGCAACCGCAACGGCCGCCGUCGUCUGCGACCAGCUCCCUCGCCACUCCGCGUCAAGCAGCAGCUACCACCUCUCCCGCUGUAAACAAUCUUCCGUGGCCUCUGCCUACUAUGGCUGGUUCUACGUCCAUCCUCUCUACCAGUCCUGCACCUGCACCCCAGCCCCAGCCGGCCCCCUCAACGGCGGCCGAUCAGCGAGGUUACUAUCGGCCCCGUCCCACUGGUACAACGUCGUAUGGAGCGGCGGCCGCGGCGGCAAGUACCGUACCGAACCACGCACCGUCGCAACAUCCGUACAUGUACCGGCCAAACGGCACAGGGAGGAGAGAUUCCGGGGCAUGA